UUGGGAAAAGGAAAGUUUCUUCCGAAUUAACAACAUGUGAAUACAGGAUUAGUGGGUGGGAUUGGAGAGUUCGCUGGUGCAUAAAUAGAGGCUGGAGCUCAGCUCACACACUCAGAAGCUUGGAUUGCAUCGAGGCUGCCUGGCUCGCCAGAUAGGUGGGUGGGGAAAUCCAGACUUGCCAUGGAGAAGAUUUCAGUGUCAACAUUCUUGCUUCUUGUGGCCCUCUCCUACACUCUGGCCAAAGAUGCCACAGUCAAACCAGGAGCUAAAAAGGAUGCAAAGGACUCUCGCCCCAAACUACCCCAAACUCUCUCCAGAGGUUGGGGUGAUCAACUCAUUUGGACUCAGACGUAUGAAGAAGCUUUAUACAAAUCCAAGACAAGCAACAAACCCUUGAUGAUUAUUCAUCACUUGGAUGAAUGCCCUCACAGUCAAGCUUUAAAGAAAGUGUUUGCUGAAAACAAAGAAAUCCAGAAAUUGGCAGAGCAGUUUGUUCUCAUCAAUUUAGUUUAUGAAACAACUGACAAACACCUUUCUCCUGAUGGCCAGUAUGUCCCAAGGAUUAUGUUUAUCGACCCAUCCUUAACAGUUAGAGCCGACAUCACUGGAAGAUACUCAAAUCGCCUUUAUGCUUAUGAACCUUCAGAUGCAGCUCUAUUACUGGACAACAUGAAGAAAGCUCUCAAGUUUCUGAAGACUGAAUUGUAGAGGAAAAAAAAAUCUGCAAACUCUUCCUCUCUUCCAUCU